GCAUGAAAACAGAACCUGGAAAAGAGCAGAAGUCAAAUUUCAAAAGCCCCAUAUUUUACCCCAAAACCCGCCAUGACGACUCUAAAACAUGACCCAAAGGAUAUCACCGAGCGUGAACAGGUUCGGAAGGUAUUCUUGGGGGGUCUGAAUUCAGAAACUCUGGAGGCAACCCUGCGAGACCACUUUGGCCAGUACGGGGAUAUGACAGACUGCUGUGUUAUCCGGGAUGCAGCCAAGAAGUCACGGUGCUUUGGCUUUGUUACCUUCACCAAGAUGGCCAUGGUGGAUGCAGUCAUGGCCGACUUCAAAGAGAAAGGAGGCCCCACGUUGGAUGGCAAGACAAUAGAAAUUAAGAGGGCGAUUCCACGAGAGGAUUCUUGUGAAGGUGCUGCCAAGGAGAGAGUAAAGAAGGCAUUCGUAGGAGGCAUCCGGGAAGAAACGACAGAGGAAGACCUUCGGGAGUACUUCAGUAAAUAUGGCGUCGUCACAGAAGUCAAGAUUCCCACCGAUAAGACCACAAAGAAACGAGGUUUUGCCUUUGUCACUUUUGAUGACCAUGAUAUCGUCAACAAAAUAGUAGCAAUAAAGACUCACUACAUCAACGAUAGACGGUGUGAAGCUAAGAAGGCUGUGCCCAGAAAUGUGAUCACCAAGAAAGACGGUCCUGACAACUUCGGCGGUGGUGGUGGUAACUUCAGAGGUGGGGAUUUUGGAAAUAACUUUGGCAAUGACAGAGGUAACUUCGGCGGCGGUCUCAACAAUGGAGGAAACUUUGGUGGUGGGCAAGGUUUUGGAGGAAACUUUGGAGGGGGCCAAGGAUUUGGUAACAACUUUGGUGGAGGUGGGGGAGGAUUUGAUGGUGGAAACUUUGGAAACAAUUGGAACAAUAGUGGAGGCAGUGGUGGUUACAAUAGCUUUGGGAGGAACUACAGUGGGGAUAGUUCAAACUUUGGCCCCAUGAAAGGCACACAGUUCAACAACAGAGGCCAGACUCCAUACAGUGGUGGCAAUGGAUAUGGCAACAAUAUGGGGAGGAAUAUGGGAGGGAAUAUGGGUGGUAAUAUGGGUGGCAAUAUGGGUAACAUGGGUAACAUGGGUAACAUGGGUGGGAAUAUGGGUGGUAAUAUGGGUGGAAAUAUGGGAAACAUGGGUGGCAAUAUGGGUAACAUGGGUGGCAACAUGGGUGGCAAUAUGGGUACUGGUACCAAUAUGGGUAACAUUGGACGGGGAGUGGGUGGAGGAAUGGACAAUAUGGGUGGGGGAAUGGGAAACAUGGGUGGGGGAAUGGGAAACAUGGGUGGGGGGAUUGGAAAUAUGGGUGGGGGGAUGGGAAACAUGGGUGGGGGGAUGGGAAACAUGGGUGGGGGAAUGGGAAAUAUGGGUGGGGGGAUGGGAAAUAUGGGUGGAGGGAUGGGAAACAUGGGUGGGGGGAUGGGAAAUAUGGGUGGGGGGAUGAACAAUAUGGGGGGAGGCAUGAGUGGUAGGAUGAGUGGAAUGAAUAACGUUGGUGGGAACAUGAUAGGUGGGAACAUGGGCAGUGGUGGGGGGAGUGGCUAUGGGAGGGGAGGCAACUAUGGAUCAGGAGGAGGAAACAGUGGAUACAGCGGCAGUUCUGAUGUGGGAGGUGGUGGCAGGAGGUUCUAA